UCCGACUCCGAGUCCAGUUUUCAACACCAGAAAAUCACCUUUACCUCUUAAACUACGCAUUUUCUGCACAUUUAAGGAGCUGUGAAUACGGCCGGAAUCAUCGUUCUGCUGAUUUGCAGUGCUACAGCUGAAUGACCCUGGAAGUUUCCUCCUGGGAGAGAGAUGGAGAAUAACUUUCAUAGACUGCCACCCUCGUCACCAUGUCCCACCACUUUUGGAGGGUCCCUGCCUCUCUCGUCCUCGCCGCAGCAGACCUGCUCAAAUGGCCGCAUUUCACUCCCACUUUCACCUAUUUCAUUCCCCCCGUCCCCUUCCUCACUUUCUCCAGCAACAGCAGAGUCUGUUCACUCCUCCUCGCCUCUGUCACACUGCACAGCGUCUCAGUGCCUCGACGGACAAAACAUACAGUGCCUCAGCCCAGCAAACACAUCUGACCAGGAUGACCUGACCUGCCUCAACUGGCUUCAUCAGAGGGGCAACCUGCUACCGCUGCAGCCCCUUCCCAAAAUGACACCACUGCCUCAGCUAGAGUCCUCCUCCGCUACUCAACCUCCUUCUCCUGCCUCAUCCAAGCCCCCGUACUCCUUCAGCAGUCUGAUUUUCAUGGCUAUAGAAGACUCGCCCGACAGGAGGCUUCCAGUGAAGGACAUCUACGAUUGGAUUGUGAAAAAUUUCCCUUAUUACAGGACAGCCACCGGAGGCUGGAGGAACUCUGUUAGACACAACCUGUCUCUGAGCAAGAGCUUCCGUCGCAUUCAGAGGGACAAGAGCCAGUCAGUGGGGAAGGGAUCGCUGUGGUGUGUGUGUCCAGAGUAUCGGCCGGCGCUCCUCGAGGUGCUGAGGAAGACCCACAGCUAUCACAGCAACAACAUCAAUCUGUUAAACAAGCCUGAACUGUUGGAAGGAGAGGAGUUUGGGGUGCCUGCAGUGUGCGAAUCUAUGGAAAUUUCAGAUCCCCUCUCUCACACUCUCCUUCUCUCCGCGCCCUCACCCCAAAUCCUCACCACCGAUAACCCGACUUUCUCUGAAAACCCACCAUGCCCCUUGACGCCAGAUCACGAGGAGCUUGUCACCAUGGAGUCGGUUGAAUACCAGCAGGGGGAGGUCAGCGAGGAGAUGGAGAAAGACCCCCUGUCAGACAGCGGCUACAUCGAGUUACACUAUUACCAGUCUAACCAGUAUCAGUACCUGGUGCUGCCGGGCGACACAGAGUUGGACCUGGAGACUGUGGAGAUCCUUCAGCUCGACGCUGAGGCCCAGGAGGCUGCUGGGUCGCUGCUGGACCUGGCGGGCGGAGGAUAUUAG